GGUUCAGGAAGUAACUGUCGCUGGGCUUCACGCUUCAACGGACUUUGCCGUCUUUUUUUCCUGGUGUAACUUUAAAAAGCAGUCUAACGGCAGUACGUUGCGCGCAUUCGGGCUGUCUGUACUGUUGCGCCACGCUAAGCGUUUGUGAGUGACUGGGACUGGAGCGAAAAUGGUGGCUGGGGGCAGGGAGAACCUUUAAAAACCUGUUGGUUCCCCAAUCCCUAAUACGGAUAGAUAGACUGGUCCGUGUUCCACCCCUCGACCAGGAAUUUUUUUCUUUGGCUGCCCCCUGCUCCUGGCUCCAAAAUUCGGCAAACUCAAGAGGUUCUCAAAAUGUCAACUGUCAAGGAGCAGCUUAUUGAGAAUCUAAUUGAAGAAGAUAAAGUCUCCCAGAGUAAGAUCACCAUAGUUGGAACUGGUGCUGUAGGCAUGGCUUGUGCUAUUUGUAUCUUAUUGAAGGAUUUGGCUGAUGAGCUUGCCCUUGUUGAUGUUGCAGUGGACAAACUGAAGGGAGAAACAAUGGAUCUUCAGCAUGGCAGUCUUUUCUUUAAUACUUCAAAGAUUAUCUCUGGAAAAGAUUACAGUGUAUCUGCAAACUCCAAAUUAGUUAUUGUCACAGCAGGUGCACGGCAGCAGGAAGGAGAAAGUCGCCUUGACCUGGUCCAACGUAAUGUGAAUAUCAUGAAAUCAAUCAUUCCUGCCAUAGUCCAAAAUAGUCCUGACUGUAAGAUGCUUAUUGUUUCAAAUCCAGUGGAUAUUUUGACAUACGUUGUCUGGAAGAUAAGUGGCUUACCUGCAACUCGUGUAAUUGGAAGUGGUUGUAAUCUAGACUCUGCCCGUUUUCGUUACCUAAUUGGAGAGAAGUUGGGUGUACAUCCCACAAGCUGCCAUGGUUGGAUUAUUGGAGAACAUGGUGAUUCAAGUGUGCCCUUAUGGAGUGGAGUAAACGUUGCUGGUGUUGCUCUGAAGACUCUAGACCCUAAGUUAGGAACUGAUUCAGACAAGGACCAGUGGAAAAAUAUCCAUAAACAAGUUGUUGGAAGCGCCUGCUUACCCACCGGGGCCCAGGAGUUCUCUAUAUGCCCCUUCUUACUACAGACCAAUUCCAGAUCAAUCGGAAUUGGCUUUGUGGCUUUGCAGUUUUUCCUCAAGAUGGCGACCGUCAAGCGUGAAUUUAAGAUUUUCGCUUCAGAAGAGGCCAUUCAUCCCAGUAAGGAAGUGGAUCAGUUGCUAUGGCCUGUGCAUCUUAUUAAAAUUCCUGUGUGGAGUGGAAUGAACAUUGCUGCGGUCUCUCCGAAGGUUCUGAACUCAGAUAAAGGAGCUGAUAAAGACCUGAGCAGUAGGAAAAUGUCUGCAAAGUAGUGGUUGCCAGUGGCUGUGAGGUGAUUAAAAAGAAAUGGGGUGUUGCCCUACCUGUGCUGAUUUAACCAAGUAUUCUGAAGAAUACUGGAGUGCAUCCAGUUUCCACCAUGAGUAAGGGCCACUAUUGAAUAAAUGAAGAAUAUACCUUAGUGUUCCAUGUAUCCUGGGAGAGAAUGUUAUUACAGACCUCAUAAAGGUAAAGCUGACCUCUGCAGAAGAGGCCCGUCUGAAAAAGGGUGCAGAAACUCUCUGGGAAAUUCAGAAGGAGCGCAAGUUUUAAAAUUGCUUCAAACUACCAUUCUGAAGUUAUCGAAAGAGAGAUAGUAGUUAGUUACAGGAUUAAAUACGUCAAACUUUUAAAUAAACUCAAAUUCCUAAAAGUUGGAAAAAAGAAGGAGGGAAGAGUGACUCCUCUAUUUAGCCCCUUAGCUCUUUUAUUUAGCAUCCAAAUGUUGGAUGAUACUCAUUUUUUAUAAUUAAUUCCUAAGUCACUGCAUCAGAUAAGGUAUUUUGGUACCUCUGAUGUACCAGUACUUGCCUUGUAUAUUAUAUAUGUAGUUGCCAUUUGGUUCAAAAGAAUGUAUGAUGUAUGUUUAUUGUGUUUAGAAACCGUGAUUCUUUUCAUCAGGUGUAUGCUAAUUAUUUCGUUCUGGCUGGCUGAUACACCUAUGUUCAUUUGUAUGUUAUAAAAAAGCUGUAACUUCCUUUACCAUGUACAAAUAAAUGUAUACACAAAAAUAACUCAUUUAAAUGUUAGCUUCAAACCUAACACUAGAUUAAACCUUGCUAGUUUCUUUUUUACAAGUAGAUUUUCAUUUUUUAAGAAAACAUCUAAACUAAACUAUAUAAACUCUUCAGUGAUGAGUGAGACCAAAUUGGUCUUCUUCUCUUGGUAGAAGUAUAGAGUAGGCUGUCUGGCUCCCUGAAUACCUUAAAACAUCUUAAAUUAGAAUGUUCAUUUCUUUAUAACCUCAUGAACCUUCUAGCUCUCUCAUUUUGACAGAAAAUUCUGUUCUGCUAGAUAAGCUUUAUAGGACAUGUAGAUCAUUGGAUGGGUGGCCACAAUCUUGACUACAGAAUCACUCACCAGAAAGGCAGACUGACUUCAGAUGACAGUAAAUGCAGAGAGGCAGUGUACACUGUACCUUCCUCCUUAAUUGUGGCCAGACCAUCUUGCCUAGUUAACAUAAAUUCUCAGGUGUGUAGCUUGGUACUGGCCACUCUGCUCCUUUCUUGAUGAAAACAGUUAUGGUUCUGUCAGGCCUGGAAAGGAAACAAAUCUAGGCAGGAACUGGUAGGAGGGUACCACCCAGGACCUUUCACAAAAAAAGUCACUCAAAUCCCUCAAUUUCAAAUAUUUGAAAAUUUGGUAUUAUAUCCCAUAUUGAAUAGAAUUCACUUUAUAUGCUAGAGGAUAAAUAAUGCUAAAUUUCAACUCACGGUGGAUAUUAUACUUUGCUAAAU